GACGCGUUUUGACUUCGGUUGCUUAGUCACAUUUUGCUUUGACCGGAGAGGCGAAGGAUGGAGCGGGUGGAAGAGAAACACUGAGCGGGUCCGCGGGAGAAGACAGAGGAAGAAGGCAGGGGGGUACCGACAUCCGGAGUAGAUGAUGCUUAUUUGCCGCAGGCCCCGCCAUCGUGAAAUUGGAUACCGACUUGCGACGGAUGGGGUGACCGAGCUUGCUGCUCCGCCGGGGAGGUCCCUGCCUUCGGACGUUACCGGGGUGGGAGCUGCCUGUGCCCGGUUCUAAGGAAGGAAGGAGUGGCAAGAGGGAAAAUGCAGACGGAGGAGGAGACGGCCACCGCAGAAGAGCCCAUUUUGGAGGAAGGGUCAGGACGAGAGCAGCAACGGCCAGUCCAACAGUCUCUGGCCUCCUCCCUGUGUCGGGAGUCUCAUUGGAAGUGCCUCCUCCUGACCCUCCUCAUGUACGGCUGCUUUGCCACGCUCACCUGGUGCGCACUCUGCCGUGUACCCGUUCUCGGCUCCUCCUCCAUACCUCUUGGUGCUGACGACGAUGCCACCUCGGCAGCCUACUAUAAUGACAUCCUGCACAUGGAGAGUCCGUGCUCUAGUGGCUACGUCUACAUCCCCCUGGCCUUCCUGGCGAUGCUGUACGUGGUUUACUUGGUGGAGUGUUGGCACUGCUUCUCUAAGAUGGCAAUGUUGGCCCAUGCUGAAUUCCAGGAAGUGUACGAGCGUGUGCAGAGACUUCAGCAGGCCACACCCUGCAUUUGGUGGAAGGCCAUCAGCUAUCACUACGUGAGGAGGACCAGACAGGUGACAAGAUACCGCAACGGAGAUGCAUAUACGACCACACAGGUCUACCAUGAGAGGGUGAACACUCACGCCUCCAGUUCAGAGUUUGACUACGCCCGCUAUGGUGUCAAAGACGUAUCAAAGGAGCUGCUGGACCUGCAACUGCACCCUGCUGUUCGCCUCCGUUUCACCAAGUGUUUCAGCUUCUCCAGUGCACGUGCUGAAGCUGCCUACCUGACCCAGCGAGCACGCUUCUUCGGGGAGAACGAGGGGCUUGACGACUACAUGGAGGCCAGGGAGGGAAUGCACCUAAAGAACGUGGAUUUCCGCGAACACAUCUUGGCAUUCCCAGAUCCUGCUCACCAGCCGUGGUUUUCCAGGCAUAGGGUUUUCUGGCUGGCUUCUGCUUUCCUCCUGUCAUGGCCGCUGCGGGUUGUGUCAGAAUAUCGCACAGCAUAUGUCCACUACCAUGUGGAGAAGCUGUUCGGGGAGGAAGAGGAUAGUGGCGGAGGAGGUGGUGGAGGGGGAAGAGGGGAUGGGGUUGAAGGAGGGACUGAGAAUGGAAUCCACCCAGGAGGGAUCGGGAUUGGAAUUGGGCUGAAUGGGACUAGUUACAGAGCCAUCUCUCGAGUCAAUACGGUGGACAUGACAGAACUGGAGUGGCACAUCCGCUGUAACCAACAGAUGGUCCCGAGCUACUCUGAAGCUCUCCUUAUGGACAUGGACUCAAAUGGGGGGACAAAUCCUACCGCCUCUACACCCAUCUCUGGGCCUCCAUCCACCACCCCCAGCCAGGGGACCAACCCACCUCCUCUAGCUCUGCCGGUGGUGUUCAACUCGGCUUACCUCCUCCAGAGCUGCCCCCGGUGCCGGAGGACCACGUCGAGUUCCAGUCUUCCCUCCAGGUUAAGGGCCCCGAUGGGAACCACAGCCCUCCUGAACGCUACCGUGGCAGGAAUCAGAGCAGCAGGGCAGGGUGGUGGGGGUAUAGGAGGAAGGUUGGUGCUCAGUCGGAGCGGAUUCUCUCUUGGGAGACUUGGAGGAGGGCGCCAGAACAGUCUGUUUCAUUCAAGAAGUAUGGGAGGAGGGCUUGGAGGAAGUAGGGAAGAUGGAGGAGGAGCUGGGGGAGGGGGGGGGAGCGGUGGUAGUGGAGGAGGAGGCGGAGGAUUCCUUGGCUUAGGUUCAAGACAGGACAACGAGGAGACCAGAGGAGUGCUAGAAGGAGAAGGGGAUGAUGACGAGGAAGAGGAUCAGCUGCAGGAGGAGGAGGUCAGGAGAAGGGAAGACAGGGGACACGGAGGCAGAGAGAGGGAUGAAGAAGCAGAGCAAGACAGCGGAGGGGGAGGCGAGGGCAGGGAGGCUGAUGGGGGAGGGAGGGAACGUCCUCCAUCGUACCAGGAUGCAUUCUUCUUUCCUGUCCUCAUUAUACACGGAGAGGAAAGCUGCCAUGCCGGAGACGACAUGUGACGAUCAAAAAAAUAAACACAUGAAAAGCAAGACAGUAUGGGCAGAGGCCGAGGGAGAUGAAAGAACGCACCGAACAGAAAGAAAAGAGUGGAUCAGAGAAGAACUGGAUGAGGACAUGCUAGACCUGAAGAAUGAAUGAAAUGAGAACAGAAUGAGGUUGAAGUUGGUUGAUGGCAUCACCAACUGCAGAGAAAGAGACGAAAGGAUUCAGUCAGAACAAAGUGUGAGAGGUAAGAGCAGCUGUGUGAGAGACAGAAUUACCAAGGAAAUGGAGAGAGGGGGCGGACAGAUGGAGUGCAUACUGUAAAAAGGCCGGCUGGUUCAGAAAGAGAUGAGAGCUGAUAGGGAGUGCUUCAGCAAGAUAACAUGGAGUCUGAGAAUAUGAGUGGAGGCAAGAAAAUCCUUGCAAUCGUAGACUUUGCUACACAAAGAUUGUGAGAUACUUGGGAAGAAUGGAAAGACUGAAAACUUAGGAAUGUCUAUUUCCAGAUAUAUCUAUGCAAGAACAGAAGUGGGAGGACUAACACGUCUAAAGUAAGAGCAGUGGAGAGACUCCAAACAAGCUGAGUGGUGGUGGAGUUUUUUUCCCCCCAAAAGAAACAGAAGUGGAGGAAUUGCAAAAGGGUAUUUUGAAGGCUUGAAGCCUUGGUUUUGAAAAAAUCAAAUCAUAGAGGUGGACUAAAUGUAGGACUCAUUUAAAGAAUGAAAUGCAGAAAGGGGAAAGAAUCCCUAAAUAUUUCAUUAUAUUUCAAACGGAUGAGAACACAAAGGAUUACAAAAUACAGAGUAGAGAAGCAGAGAGAAAGAAACAAUGACAUGCAAAAAACAUGCAAGACAGAAGAAGAGAAAAUACAGUUGAGUAUUGGUAUUGGAACAACAGACAAAGAGAAGAAGCUGAAAAUAAAAUGGACACAGUACUGACAGAGAAUUCAUGCAGAUUCUUUAAAGACAAAACCCAAUCAUAAAAAAGAUCAACUCAAGAGGAGGAGAAAAAAAGACCGGACAAAACACCCUCUGAGCAGCAAUCCUGACCUUGAAUCUAGUCAGGAAAUCAAAAUAACAUUCAAGUAGUUCCCCAAGGAAGAAGCAGGUCCCCAUGACAAAUGAGGUCUUCCUCAGGUCUUUACUAUAGAAUGUUACACAGCAUGUGGCUAGCAACCGAAACACUUCAAUAAUAAUAAAAAAUAAAAGAGGAGAACCAGUGAUUUUCUGGCUCUCUCGUCAUGCCAUCUUACUCCUCACUUCACCAUUAGCUUCCCCCACCACUCUGCAGCCAUUACUGAUAUGGAGCUGAUAGAAAAAAACACCAUAAAACGAGGGAGUGAUUGCUUCCUCUACUCAGCUCUACCCCGCUCCUCUUUUGUCAUGCUCCUAUCUGCUCUCCUCCCUCCCUUUUGUCACCUCUUCCGUACUCCUCCAUCCUUCCUCACCUCUCUUUGCAGCGCAGAGGUGUAAUUCUGAGCAACACAUUAUUGCUUUUUAUAAACAUGACCAGUUAUGUUGCAACGUCUUUUUUUUUUUUUUUUUUUUUUUUGCAAUUAGCACAUUUCAUUCUAAGUGAAGUGAGUUGUACCAAAAUAGAUUCACUGCAUCCAUCAUUAACUUCCCCUCCUCUUUUCCUCUGCCAUCCUCUCACUUCCGCUCCUCCCUUUCGUCUUUUUAAAGUGCUGGUUAUGUGAUACAUCCCUCUCUGCUCCUGGAAAUGCUGAGAUCAGAUUUCAUCUCAGCUCACUCCACAUAUCUCCUCUAGGCAGAGGUUUUCACCUCUAUGAUCUGAUUUUAAUAACCAGAUAUUUCCCACUUAUUUGACAUUUUUUAUCACCUUUCACUAUUUUGUGUCUGUUUUCAAAGAAACAGAAAGAGAUUUGAACAAAUUGAAUUUAUCCAAUGUGAGGAGAAAAAGAUAUAGCCAAAUUGGCCUUGAUAUACGCAAGUAAAAUGGCUAAUGUCCACCAGUUAUGCCUGUGUAGAUGUGCUCUAGUGUUAAACAUUUGUACCCAAAGAUAGGCUUGUGCAAUAUGAAGAAAAAAUACAAUAACCAGAGAACCUUUCUCCAAUAUCAAUAUCCUAUAUAUCACAAUACUAUAUGUGUUAAAGCAUGGGAAAUCACCUCUUUAUCUCAUUUAUGUCCAUAAUAUUGGACUGCAUGGGAAGUAAAACUUGAGCUAUCAAGCUCAGCUGGCGUUCUCAUAAUCAAACAAUUGCUGAUGAGAAUUUGCACUAUUUAAAAUAAAACCAACAAUAUGAUCACAAUGAUCAAUAAUGCCCAGCCCUAUGGUAGAAUAAGUGGCCAGAUUGUGCCAUGCUGCUACCUCCUCCUCUUGAAUCCCCCUGCAAAUAAGUAAUAAAGCUCCCUGAAACAUCGCCUCACUAAAAAAAUGUGUAAAAGAUAGCUGGCAUAGAGAUGCAUGUAACCUAAUAACAGCUAGGGUGCAAGAGCUACUAAUAACUAUGUAGCAAAUAUGUCUGCCAUUGCCAAAAAGCAGAGAUCCAUGGUCAAUCAACACAAAUUUAGAUAUUUUAGAAACAUGUAGACAAGGGCACGGACAAGAAUCCACAGGGGUGAAACUCUGUGACUCUGUGUCCUACUUCCUGAGUUAGUAUGGUUUCAUGGAAAAUCAGUCCAGGGAGAGGCAAUGGGCACAGACAACACGACCAUCAGUGCUUUGAUGCAUUAUAUUUUUUACAAAGCACACUAAACCUGCUACAGUAGCAAGAAGCAGUUAGAGUAGUUAGAUGAAUAUGUCUUAACCUUCCCUGCAUAGCGCCCUUCAAAGGUCACUUCAGCCACUUUGUGAUGUUGGAAGGGUCUCCCUCGUUCUCGAUCUGCUUACUUAGGACAUGAUACUGCAAAGCACACUGUAAGAGUGAGGGAAAUGUCUUACAUGAGGAGUUUCCUGAAAAUGGAGCAAAACACGAUGCUUGACGCAAUCUCGAUAGAACUGAUGGACAUGUUAAUGAACAUACGCAAAGGCACACAAAUAUGGAUAUGGUGACAACAACCAGCCAACCUGGACUCAGCAGAGACAGCAGGGAAUGUUAUUUCAAUGAAACUUUCCGGAAGGAUAAAGUAGAGCAUGAGUGCUGACCUGGUUUGGUGUACGACACACACACACACUCGCUCUGACACACAUUCACACACUGAUUCUGGCUCACGGAUCUUCUGUUGCUCUGGGGGACAUCAAGCUGAACUGGGCACAAGGAAACUAAUGCACAAAGUAAUUAAUGGAAGAAAGCUGACAGGGAAGGUAAACAGCAACAGGGACAUACGUAUGUCUCUGUAUGAGUGAGAACUGGAAAAUGAAAAAGACUUGCCUAAACAGCCGCUGGAAGAAAGAAGAGAUUAAAAGACAAUUAUUUUUACAGCUAUUUAUCAUUAUCUCAGUCACUUGACUUGUGGAUCAAAUUGUCUCCAUUAAUGUCCAUCAACAAAAAGAAGUACUAUAAAGCACUGACUCCACCACCUGUGUUCAUUUUAUUUAAUUGCAAGAUGUUGCGUUCACUAAUUUCCCAAUCGAUCAAUUUUUGUUUAGUUGUAAUAACAAGGCUUGGACGGUUCUGUCCAGUAUGAGUUUUUGAUCAUAUAGCCUGUUAGCCACUUCAAUUUGAAAUCACAAGAGGUGAGCUUCAAUUUACAAUCUGAUUACUUUUACCUUGCUAUCUCUAAGACUUUGCCCCCAAAUGUGACAAAACAAGUAAACACAAUUCAGUCUGUAAUUUGCUACUUUUAUAUCAUCUGCAUACUUGAGUAGACAUUAUUUCAGGUUGUUUAAGUGAUGUCUAAAAUUCAAAUGCCUUUGUAAGCUACAGAAAUGUCUCAUGUCUUAACUGAAUUAUUUGUUUUAUUUUUUAUUUUUGUAAAACAGGCAGUGGUCUUGGCUUCUCAAUGAACUUUGGUCGGUGAGCCUCUAGUUCAAGUCUAACUUUGUUUAUUUAUUGUUUUUAAACAGGUGUUUAUCACUCAUGUGUUGUGACUGGAUAUUUAUAUGGUGUUUUAUUAUCUCAAGAGUGUGUCAACCAUGUGUCCUCAGCCGCUUCAGGUGUGCCAAGAGAACUUUGUGCCCAUGAUGUCUUACACAAACACACACACACUCAUGUGCGCUUGCAUGUUUAGUCACAGCAGUAAAGCAGCCAUUAUAACAGCUUAUUUUAGACUAAAGUGACAUUAAUCCAGUACCUGUAAUAGCCCCACACAUGCAGAGUCUUAACAGAAACAUGCACACACUGAAAGCAUGAAACUGUCCUGCUAUGUUGCCUUUUGUGCCCGACGUUGCCAACUUUUUUUGCUCAGGAUUUCAGUUAAUGCUGCACAUGCACAUAGACGUUAGUAGCUGGUACAGGCGGCUGCACCAAGUCCACGCAAUGUGCAAUCUGUGCUGGUGGACUGUGCUAUACCACCAAACAAUUACAUGAGGUGACAAAAGGGUGGAUUUACUCAGGAGCAAAAAUAAAAGAUACCCAUCAAGUGAUCUUUAUCUGCAAUUUUAGUUUGUUGUUGAUGUUUUUGUUAUUUAUUUUGUACAUUGAGUGAAUGGCUGAGGUGCAGCUCAUGUGUAAAUCCACCCAGAAUGUGGCUAAUAUGUUGCAGUAUGUUUGGUUUAACCUGGCAAGCUGGGUUGUGGUCCACUAGGUGGCAGCAAAGCCUUACAUAUUGUGACAACACAGCGCUGUGUGGUACCACAUUUAGAGGAUGAACCAACAGUGAGUCAAGACAGGGUAGAAAACAGCUGCUGUCCUGCUCUCUGUUGGUUGAUACUUAAGCAUGUUGCACAUCUGCACACACCCCGGGCAGUGAUGUCAAACCAGCUGAUAAAAAGCGCCUGCUAUGACAUUGCUGGUAGAGGCCUGGGCAGAGGUGCAACAAAUCUGAAAGCUUAAAACUGCAGAGGGCAGUGCUGGCCUAUGUGAUUGUGCAUUUAUCUUCUAAGGGUCCGCUGAUUUUGUUAUUUUCCUUCAACUGUGAAAGUGUUGCGAAGAAAUGUUGCCCAUAUCCCUGCUUUGUGGCUGGACUUACAUGUGUUGCUAAGCAGCUUUCUGAACUUAUAACCACAAGCAAUGGGUGCUUCAGUCCUUAAAAUGACGGCACUGUUAGAUAAAGGCAAUUAGCAAUUUGUGACUGAGCCUCCAUUUCCACUGCGUAACUCAUUGUCUGGCUGUGUUGCUCUAUAUGACACAAAGAUACAAAUAAAAUGACAAAGGAGGAA